CGGCAGUCAGGCAGAACGGAGCUGUCCUUGAGCCUUGAAAAGCCGGCUGGAAGGACGGAAUUUCGGAAGGAGGGUGAGGAGGCAACGGCCGACCGACGGGAGCAAAGGCUCGGAGCUGUGCGCAGAGCCCCAAGCUGAGUCUUGGCUCCCCUCAACUGUAAAAUGAAGAUCGGGAUGAUGCCUGCGCCGCGAAGAGUCGGCCAGUGCUUUCCCGGCGUGGGCAUCAUGCCCAAAGCCCAGCUUCACCAUGGUGGACGCCUUCGUGGGUACCUGGAAGUUAGUGGACAGCAAGAAUUUCGAUGACUACAUGAAGUCACUCGGUGUCGGUUUUGCUACCAGGCAGGUGGCCAAUAUGACCAAGCCUACCACAAUCAUCGAAGUGAAUGGGGACACAGUCAUCAUAAAAACACAAAGCACCUUCAAGAACACAGAGAUCAGCUUCAAGCUGGGAGUCGAGUUCGAUGAGACCACGGCAGAUGACAGGAAGGUCAAGUCCAUCGUGACGCUGGAUGGCGGCAAACUUGUCCACGUGCAAAAGUGGAAUGGACAAGAGACAUCACUUGUGCGGGAAAUAGUUGAUGGGAAACUCAUUCUGACACUCACCCAUGGCAGUGCAGUUUGCACUCGUACUUACGAGAAAGAGGCAUGACCUGCCCUCUCCUUCCACUGACUGCUGUUCUGCCAGUUGGCUGCUCCUGGACUCAGCACCAGACUGCCUCAUUUUCCUCCUCUGGCAUUUUGUAUAAAUCCACCUUGACUGGGGAAAUUCUCCUGGGGUCAGGUGGCACCAGCCUGGAUCCAGUUCCGUUCUCAUUGUGUCUGUCUGUUUUUUUAACUGCAUCCAAAGGGUGCUCUGAGGUCAAUAAAGCAGAGCCAAGGCCACCCAGUUGCCUUUCCGCCUUUGGUGACAUGA